AUGCAGAGGCUCGAAGUAGACACGGAUUUGACUGGGAUUCAACUCGGCAUUUGUCAAAUCGCCUUCGGCGACUCAUAUACAUACGUCCAAGGAACCCACGGAUACCCAAACUACAGCUUCAUCGGCGACCAGCUGAACUACGCAUACGAUGCACAUACGCUGUUGACGGACAAGAUUGUGCAGAAUCAGACAGGAACAUCAGCCGGCGGCCCCAACUGGGUCGAAUUCCUGACAGGCUGCGGCCUAAAAGAGGGCCUGACAUCCCCGAUCUCAUGCACGAAGCAACUGUGGGAUUUCGCGUUCGCGGGGGCAGGCGUUUCGGCUGAGUUCAUCCCCCUCCACCACGCUUACACCAUCUCCCUCGUCAACCAAAUCACACAGUUCACGACCUACGCCCACGACGUCCUGACCUCGCCCUCGCCAAAGGGGAGCCCCAUCGUGGACCCCUCCGCAACCCUAACAGCCCUCUGGAUCGGGAUAAACGACAUCAACGACAGCGCAACAAAUACCUCCAUCGCUUCGUUCCCAGACUUCUACACCACCCUAUUGUCAAGGACGUUCUCUUCUCUCCAACCCCUGAUCUCACUAGGAUACAAGAACUACAUCAUCCUCAAUCUCCCCCCAUUACACCGCACGCCCUCAAACCAAGCACGCGCCCUGCGCAACGAAACCCCAACACCAACCGCCACACAGGUAGAACAAUUCAACUCCGCCCUCUCCACGCAAGCCCUACACUUCCGUGAAAAGAACCCAGAAACAAACGUCCUAGUCUUCAACGCACACGCCAUCCUAUCCCACAUCCUCGAUUUCCCGCAACAAUACGGGAUCCUCAACACAACGGAUUUCUGCCCGGGAUACGACCAGCCGGAUAUUGGGACGGCGUAUGGGGAGUACGGGUGUCCGACACCGCUGGAUACGUAUUUCUGGUAUAACUCGGGCCAUGUUACGAGUGCGGUUCAUGGGAUUCUGGCGGAGGGGUUGGAGAGGACGUUGAUGGGGUGGAGGGGGUAG